AUGAGUUCGAUGUACUUUUAACCUUUUCAACUAAUGUUUUUGGUCUACAAAGAAUCAUAUUUGAUAUAUAUAGUAGUAAAAUUGUUUCGUGUAUUAUAUAUUGAAAUUGCAAAGAGACACUAAAUUUCAGAAGCUGUGAAGCAUAUAGUUGCUUCUCAGCAUUUUAUGAUAGUUGGUUGAAAACCAUAUAUAUAUACAGUAUUAUUAAAACAGUAACGAAAGAAAAUUAUCUGUGAAAAAUGGUUGUAACGGAGAAAGUUAAGUUUCCCGAUGAUUCUGAGUUAACUGUUCAAGAAAUAAAUGUCACUUAUCCCGUGUUACAAGCUGCUUCUUUUUAUGUAGGAAAGAAGUGCGAGUGGCAAAGUAAUGAAUUUAUGUUAUGUAAAAAAGAAGAAAAAGAUGCACGACGUUGUAUAAAUGAAGGUAAAGCUCUAACAGCUUGUGCUCUGGACUUUUUUAAGCAAUUAAAAAAACAUUGCAGAGAAGAUUUCGAACAAUAUGUGACUUGUUUAGAAAGAUCAUCAGGAACUAUAGAACUCAGCAAAUGUCGAAAAACUCAAGCAAUUGUGGACAAAUGUGUGCUGGAUAAUCUCAAAAUUGAACGACCUCCUUUUGGAUACUUUUGUGAAACUAAGAUACACGAUUCUUCAAGGCCACGACCUAAACCUGAUAUUGCAGAAUUCCCAGAUGCACUUCCAGAACUUCCAAAGGAAAAACCUGAAGUUCCUGGUAAAUUUGGUAAUCGAAAUUUCUUUAACUAAAUUGCUUAUUUAAUAAAGUUAGCAUUUAUAGAAGUUGUAUAAAACCUAUUUAGCAUUAUAUGACGACAUCAUAAUAAUAUUUAAUUGUUGUCUA